AUGAACGCCAAAAGGGAACUCCCGCCCAAAGAAAGCGCCGUUUUCAAGAACAUUUUGAAAAAUUAUGAACUUCGACAGUACAAGAAGGGCUUGAAACUUGCCGACUCCAUUCUGAAGAAGUUCCCUGAGCAUGGCGAAACCUUGGCCAUGAAAGGUUUGUUCCUCAACAAUCUCGACAAGAAAGAGGAAGGUUAUGACCAUGUGAAGAAGGGUAUUCGUCACGAUAUUACCUCCCAUAUCUGUUGGCAUGUGUAUGGUCUUCUUCAUCGCGCCGACAAAAACUAUGAGGAGGCAGCCAAGUGUUAUACUCAAGCACUCAAGUUCAACAAGAACGACAUUCAGAUUCUCAGAGAUUUUGCUCUCAUGCAAACUCAGUUGCGUCAAUACGAUGGCUUGGUGGAAACUCGCUCUCAGCUUGUGCAAUUGCAACCCUCCAAUCCUACCUUUUGGUUAGGCUUGGCUAUUGCUUACCAGAUGGUCGGUAAACCGGAAACAGGCGUGAAAAUUUUGGAAAGCCAUGAAGAAUCCCUCAAGACUACGCCUCCCGCAUUUGAGUACUCUGAAUUGUUGAUGUAUCACAACUCGUUGUUGGAAGAAACCGGGGACUUCAAGGCGGCCUUGGAACAUCUCAACAAGAUUGAACCCAAGGUUACCGACAAGAGAACGUUGAAAGAAAAGCGAGCCUUUUACUUGUUCCGUCUUGGUCAAUUGGACGAAGCCGAAUCAGGUUACCGCUUACUGAUCAGCGAAAACCCAUUCAAUGGUCGUUACAUUGAACGUCUCUUGGAAGUCAAGGGUCUUGGCCAAGCUGAUAAAAAGGCGGAGACCAGCGAACUUUUAACGGAAUUAUUCGCCCAGUAUCCUCGAUCCAAGGCCAUUGAAGAUCUUGUGCUCCGUUAUGCUGAAGGCGAGAGCUUCAAGACCAAGGUGGCCGCGACCUUGCAGAGUGCGUUGAGAAAGGGUGUGCCUUCUUUGUUCAACAGCAUGAAGAAAUUCUACGGUGACGAAAGCAAGCAAAAGAUCAUUGCUGAUCUGGUCAUUGAUUACGGUAAAUCCCUGGAAGCCUGUGGCAGUUUCACUGGCAGCGAAGAUACCAAAGAACCCGCUACCGCUUUGUUAUGGACGCUCUAUUAUCUUGCUCAACAUUAUGAUUACCAUCGUCAAUUGGAUCAGGCUUUGGAACAUAUUAACAAGGCUAUUGAACAUACACCUACUGUCGUGGAACUUUACAUGACCAAAGGCAGAAUUCUCAAGCAUGCAGGCAAGUUUGAAGAAGCGGCUCAGGUGAUGGAUGAAGGUCGCAAAUUGGAUUUGCAAGACAGAUUCAUCAACUCCAAAUGCGCCAAAUACAUGCUUCGCGCCAGUCACAUUGAAGAAGCCGAAAAGACCAUUGGCCUGUUCACAAGAAAAGACGUGGCUCCUCUGCAGGAUUUGUUGGAUAUGCAAUGUCAAUGGUUCGUGACUGAGGAAGGUUUUGCAUACAUGAGAAAGAAGAACUACGGCAAGGCGUUAAAACGAUUCCACGCUAUUGAAAAGUUCUACAACGAUUUCUAUGACGAUCAAUUUGAUUUCCAUACCUACUGUUUGAGAAAGACGACGCUUCGCGCGUACGUGGAUAUGCUACGUUUUGAAGAUCGUCUUCGUGCCCAUCCUUUCUACUUGAAGGCAGCCAAGGGAGCCGUGGAAGCGUAUUUGGCGAUUGCCGAUCAACCCAAGGAUGGCAGUUUUGAUCCUACGGGUAUGACGGAAACGGAGGUGAAGAAGGCUAAAAGCAAGGCUCGCAAGGCGGAACUCAAGGCCCAAAAGGAGAAUGAAGCUCGCAAGGCGCUUAUCAAGGAAGAAAUCGCCAAGCAGCAAAAGGCAGAUCCCAAGAAACCUGUUGAUCAGGACCCAGAGGGAGACAAGUAUCUUGAGACGGGCCAUCCCUUGGACGAUGCUCUGCAAUUCGUCAAGCCCUUGGAACAAUUGGCUCCUUCCCUGAUAGACACACACACCCUGGGAUUCGAAAUUUAUAUUCGUCAAAAGAAAUGGUUGUUGGCUUUGACCGCCAUUCUUAAGACUUCGCAAAUCGAUGCUUCUCAUUCCAGCAUCAAGACGAACUUGGACCGAUUCCAGAAACAAGUGAGUGCCGCUGGACCCCUGGACCCUACGGUGCAAAAAGUCAUUGAUGAACAACUGCCCAAGAUCAAACAAGCUUAA